UAGCAACAAGAUGGUCCUGGAGAGCACUGUGAUAUGUGUAGAUAACAGUGAAUACAUGAGGAACGGAGACUUUGUCCCAACCAGGCUACUUGCACAACAGGAUGCCGUGAACAUGCUGUGCACUUCAAAGACUCGAGCCAACCCAGAAAACACAGUAGCUCUUCUAACUCUGGGAUCUCUCAAAGUUCUCUCCACCCUUACUAACGAAGUUGGCAAGGUUAUGUCGUGUUUACAUCAGAUAGAACCACAGGGCGAGGUGAACUUCCUGACUGGUAUUAAAAUCGCUCAACUCGCCCUUAAACACAGGCAGAGCAAGAACCAUAAGACAAGGAUUAUAAUAUUUGUGGGGUCUCCAAUCGACUCUGACGAGAAGGAUUUACAGAGACUAGCAAAGAAGUUGAAGAAAGAGAAAGUAAAUGUAGAUAUAGUGAACUUUGGUGAGACUGAGGACAAUACCGAGAAGCUGACAAACUUCGUCAGCACCCUGAACGGGAAAGAGGGAACAGGAUCGCAUAUAGUGACGGUUAGUAUUGGUCCCACCCUGUCGGACGCUCUUAAGAAGUCCCCCAUCCUAUCUGGGGAGGAUAUGGGUGGUAUGGGCGGCAGUGGGUUCGACUUUAUAGACGCCAACCAGGACCCCGACCUAGCCCUUGCCCUCAGAGUAUCACUGGAGGAACAGAGACAGAGACAAGAAGAGGAGAACAAGGGAGGUGCUGGAGACGCCCCUGUCUCUGCUAGUCUCAGCGAUAACGUCGAUUUGUCUCAACUCUCGGAGGAGGAGCAGAUUGCACUUGCCAUGCAGAUGAGCUUAGCGGGUGUAGAGGAUGACAUGCCGAAAGCGGAAGAAACUAGCUCCUCAACUGCCACUGCGGCUGAUGCUGAUGAUGAUUUGGGUGAUCCUGACGUUCUGGCUGAUGUGAUGGCAGAUCCUGAGUUCCUCCAACAGGUUCUAACGGACCUACCGGGCGUGGAUCCAAGUAGCGAGGCAGUAAAAAGUGUGAUGGGUAACAUACAGAAAGGUAACAAGAACAAGAAGGAGGACGAUGAUGACGAUGAGCCUGGGGAGAGUGCCGCCAAGAAACCCAGAAAAGACAACUGAUGACGUCAUAUCACCGUGAUGACGUCAUUAUCUUCUAGAAUCUGAUGAUAUGUGUCAUCAGAACGAACCUGACUUCAGAUUAUUAUCAACGACGGGGACCUGACUAUCGGACACAGCGUGUCGAGUCUUGGUUUGGGACGUUUUGAAAUUAUACUGUUUAUUUGAUGUUAUAUAGUGGAAACUAAGGUGUUUCGAUGUAAAAGUUAAAUUUAAUGGCAUAAAAUAACUUACUUAUAAAAA